GAUGAGGUUGUGACUGACAGUUCACAUAUAAAGCCUCUGAUUAUUCAACGACUCACCUUCACAACAGCUGCUCAGCCUCGCUGUCGCUACCUCAACAUGAGUCCAAAAAAUGUUGUGUUCAAGAAAAUCUGUAAGGACAAGUCGGUGGGCGUGUACAUGGGAAAACGAGACUUUGUGGACCGCGUCGACUCUGUGGAACCAGUGGAUGGCGUUGUCCUCAUUGAUCCUGAGGCUCUGCAGGGACGGAAAGUGUUCGUCACCCUGUCUUGCACCUUUCGCUAUGGCAGAGACGACAUGGACGUGAUGGGAAUCGCAUUCCGCAGGGAGCUGUACAUGUCCACGCGGCAGGUGUAUCCUCCACUGCAGGACAGAGACAAAGGUGUCCACACCAAGACACAGGCACGGCUGCUGCGCAAGCUAGGAGACAACGCAUUCCCGUUCUUCUUUGAGUUUCCUGACAACCUGCCUUGCUCAGUGGCUAUGCAGCCGGCACAGCACGACGUCGGAAAGCAAUGUGCAGUGGAGUUUGAAAUCAAAGCAUUCAGCGCUGAGAGUCAGGACGCUAAAGUUCGCAAGCGGAGCACUGUGAAGCUGAUGAUCAGGAAGGUCCAGUUCGCUCCAGAGAGCGAGGGAGUGGCGCCCUCUGUUGAAACAACUCGGGACUUUGUCAUGUCCGACAAACCGCUGCACGUCAAGGCCAGUCUGGAUAAAGAGAUUUACUACCACGGUGAGGUCAUCAAGGUGCACGUGAGCGUCACCAACAGCUCCAGCAAGAACAUCAAGAACAUCAUCGUCUCAGUGGAUCAGGUGGCCAUGGUGGUGCUGUACUCCAACGACAGUUAUGUGAAAGCUGUGGCUAUCGAGGAGUUUGGAGACUCUGUGCCGGCCGGAGCCACGCUGCAGAAAACCUACGCUCUGCUGCCCCUACUGGUCAACAACAGGGAGAGGAGGGGCAUCGCUCUGGACGGAAAACUCAAGCACGAGGACACAAACCUGGCCUCGUCCAGCAUUGUAAAGGAGGGAGUGUUGAAGGAGGUCAUGGGAAUCAUGGUUUCAUACAAAGUCACAGUGAAACUCAUCGUUGGAGGGAUGAUGAGCUCAAGUGAGGUCGGCCUGGAGGUUCCCUUCAAACUGAUGCAUCCUAAACCUGACGCAGUAAAGGAGAGCGAGGUGGAGGAGGAGCUGGUUUUCCAGGAGUUCAAACGUUCAUACCUGAAGGGGAUGAUCGAUGACGACGAGGACGGUAAUGUGUCGGGCGGAGAAGACAUGGCGGCCAAGGAGAAGUAGAGGAGGCUGGAGCAAAGGAUGCUGGGAGUCUGUGUUAGAGCGCGACGGACACAGUUGAAUUAAAGAAGCAGUUUCACGUUCAGUGGUUUUUCCUCUUAGCUGCCAGCAUGCUAACACGCUAUCACGCAGACAUGUGUCGUUCAGGUGUGAGAGAGUGAACUCUUAUCUCACUGUCAGACAGACUUUUGUAAACCACUCACUCUGCCACACCAAAGUCCAUAGAGAAAAUCAGUGAUUUUAGCUGCGGGGACACAGGAGCUGCUGGUCCUCUGCCGCCUUGUGUGGUCACUUUGUGUCACUGAGGUCAAUCUGAACGAGGGAUUCGUUGACAAAAUGACAUUUGAACUUACUGAUAGAGGCAGCAGUGGAUCAACAACUCCUGUGUGCUAUGAUGUUAAAUUCAUGCAUAGAUUUUCUCUAUGCACUUGUGUGUGGGAGAGUGAGUGGUUUACAAACCUCAGCUCAAGAUAUCAGCUAAAAUAUGUUAUUUCUCUAGCUCACACAGCUCAGUCUAUCCCUUUCGUGUGUUCAUGUCAUUGUUUUACAGCUUUUAGACUUUAAAUCACGUUUCUUUUGUGUUUGAAGUUGUUCCUGAAUCUGAAAACUCCUUCAAUUAACGUCUCUCUCUGUUUAAACUCUUUACCUUUGUGCGUCUGCUGCGUUCCAUUUUACAUCGGAAGUCGGAACUGUGGGCGUGACAUCCAGUGAUGUCACGCCCCAUUGUGGUAAACAUCCACUGAUGUAAAAGUUUCCAAGAUCCAACUACAAAUGGAACGCUGCAUUUCUUGUGUGUAGUGUGUAAACUUUAUUUCUUUGAAAAACCGUAUUUGUGAAAAUCCUCACUUUACAGUCAUAAACACCACCACACCCAAUGUCACUAAUUGCUCAUCUGCGAAAACAAAAACAAACAUGACUUUGUAUUGUUGUGUAUUUUGGGUUAUAAUAGGCCCUGUAGUUGGCAUGCACCUGGUGCAUGAUGGGUAACCUUCACCUUCCUGUUGUUGUCAGAGUAGCCAUGGGCUAAUCAGUUAUGCCAUUAUCAAUAAACGUUUAACAUCA